CUCAAAUUAUCUCCCUAAUAAUCGAUCAAGAGCGAACCGCAUUUCGUCCUAUGAUCUGUAUACGCAAACAGCGGCAGUGAGAAAAUAUGGGCUCGUCUCCUCCGCCGCCCUCAUUCCUCGUUCCGACGACGCGCAAUGAACAAGAAUUGUCGUUUCCAGGCUCAUUAAAACUUAAUGACAAGGUUAGCAAUGACGGAGAAGAGCCAGGAGUGUCUAUGUACGUAAGGUUGUUUGAUGAAAUGAUUAAGACGGUGCUCGAUGGAGAAUCAUAUCUGUUUACUCAGAGAGAAAUAUGGGUACUGAAUUACAUUCUCGACUUGCCAUAUGAACCCCGCUAUCUCCUCACCCGUUUAUUGCUUCGUCGGCCUUCGAGAGUCCACACGUACACCUCAUUAGUAGCUUCAUACUCGUCCGAAAUCGGAGAGGAAGGAAUAAAAAUGGCUAUGAAGACCCUCACUCGACGUCUGGCAGUACCAAAGGAUAUUGUAAACUCUGACCCAGAUCCUGUCCCUGGGACUCCUAUUGCAAGUUCUUCUAGACCUGGACCAUCGCCUUUGUCUGCGAAAGCUGAAGGAAGGCGACCCGCGAACGCGCUUUGGGCAAACAAGCCAUGGGUAGAUUCACCUUCCGGGUUGACGGAAGCUCAGGAGAGGGCUGAUCCGGAGCUGGCUGCUGCACUCAAAGAAAGCUACUGGGCGUCCAAAGUAGGAAGGGUCAAUGUUGAUUCAGACGAUGAGGGCGAUGGUUUGCCAGCGGCGAACAAUAGGUCUGAAUUAGUUUCAACGUCUGUUUCAACACCUACCGUAUCAAGACAGUCAAGCGGGAUUCCAACAAUAUCACCUAUAGAGUUUUCCUUGACACCGGAAUCACCUCCACCAGUGUCCUUUCUUGCCGAAGACGAAAAAUCACUUUCAUUAGACGAUCUCAUGACUUGCAUGUCGUUCGACCAACUUCGAAAAGUUGCCAAAGCCCACAAACUAUCUGCUUCAUCCUUAUUGACUCGGGAAUCCACGUUGAAUGCACUGAGGGGCAUGGCGAAGCAACAGACCGUACUAGGAUUUGCACCAAUGAAAGGCAAAGGCAAAGCUACCACCCCUGCUCAAGUGCACGGAAAGCAAACAACCCUGCCCUUUGCUUCGAAACCCAAACAAACAUCGGAGCUUUUACUGACCGCUCAAAUGCUGUCUUCAUUCGGUGGUUCAGCCAUCCGCCUCACACCAUCCCUCCAUUCACUCAUUUCCCGAGUUAACCUCAUCUUCUCUCGCACUCCUCCAAUCGCCCCAGGCACUGCAAGUCUCAUGCUUCCCUCCAUCCUUGUCACAUCAAAUAAAAGGCGUUACCCCGACUAUGGACUGACAACACGAUCAAAGAUCUGGAAAGACCGAGAUGAAUUGUUAGUAUGGGAAAGGGCAGUAGGUUGGGAAGCGACUGUCACUGAAGCGUUAGGUGAGACAUGGGACCAAACGCGUAAGAAUCCAAAUGCUGCACCCAUCCCUGGCUCAACAUCCCGUACGGGAUGGGUGAAUAGGAAGGAAGGGGCAAAGAUUGUGAGGAAAAUUUGGGAAGGGACAUGGGAUGUCUGGAAAGAGAUGGUUGACGGGGAUAAGGGCAAGGAAGUAGAUGUGAGCAAAGAGGAAGGUGGUUUGGUUGGUGAUCGGUUCCAAACUGGCCAUGUUCUUACCAGAAUAGUGUACAAGGGCGCGGAGGCUCUAGGUAUACUUCAUGAGUAUGAUAACGAGUGUAUGGUUCUUCGCGCUCUCCUUGCCCAACGGCGAUGGAGACGUGGUAAACGAGGAGCAUGGUACGACCGCUUAGCCUUAGUUUUAAUGAAUCACUAUAAUUCCUCGCCGGCCGAGAAAGAAGAAAAGCAAAGGGAGGCUACCCAGGUUUGUAUAGACGGGCUAUUGGAUGAAGCUACUCAUCUAAUCUACCGACCUGCGCUUUCUCGACGUCUUAAAAGAUUAGAGAACAAGCUCAAUCUCCCCUCAGACGAACGGCAUAUAUCUUUCGCGUCACUGCUUACUUGCAAGACUCGUGAACUCAAUGCAGUAAGGUCACCAGAAAACAGGGGUGUAGUCAGAGCGAAAUCUUGUUCUGGGUCUGUGGCUAGAGAGGGCGACGACGAUGAAGGGACAGGGGGAAAGGGCAAGUUGGUUGGUAAGAGUUUGUGGAUGGGGAAAGAAGGGGAAGUAAGCGUUGAACAAUGGGUAUUGGAGUGGUGGGAAAAGAAAGGUUAUAAAGGAUAUCACUCUGAAUCUUCAAUCCUCACAACUCUCUUCACCCUGCUUAUCUGGCCAGUCCUCUUCCACCCGCUUCCAGGAGCAUUCGAAACGUCCUAUCAAACGGCCCCUCUCGACCUCGGCGAGGACACAUUCGCACCCUCCCGCCGAACACUCCUUGAGGACCGGCUAGCUGAGAUAAGCAAGACAAAACGAGCAUUGGAGCUGUUGAGGGAGGUUGACAAUCGAGAGCGACCAAAAGGCACUUGGGCCGUGGGAGUGGAUUGGGGAUAUGAGAAGGAGGAUUUGGAGGAGAUCUUGGAGUGUUUGAGUGGAAAGGCGCUUAGCGGAGUGUGUAGAAUGCUGGCUGAGGAGUACAGGCAUCGAGCGAGUGGAGUGCCAGAUCUGAUUGUCUGGAAUCCACAGACGAAAGAUGCCAGGUUUGUAGAAGUCAAAGGGCCUGGAGAUAGCCUGUCUGAAACUCAAAAGAUCUGGAUCGACGUCUUGCUUUCGUCAGGUAUUCAAGUUGAAGUAUGCCGAGUCAAGGCACUUUCACCUACCGCUGCGCAACUCCAGUCAUUGGAGAAGAAGCGCAAAACCUCUCCGGCAUUGAAUAUCAGUUCCAAUUCUAUUGACGUAAAGCGACUCAAAAGACGGUCAACGACGUCAACGAUAUCAGCAUACGUGAAGACAGACGACGGCGAGUACGUCAAAGCCGACGAGGUGGUAGAGUUAGAUGAGGAAGAUGACGGAUGGGAGAGGAGAGAUGAAAUGAGGUUUGAAAGCGGGGUAGAGAGGAGGGAGGGAAGAUUGGAGUAGUUGGAUCAUACCGGUAAUGGAAGCCAUGGCGGAUAAGAAACUUCAUCGUGUGGCGUGACCUGCCGAUUCUGCUUGGUAUCUUAUCUCCGACUGCCAUGUUAAUUGACGGAAAGAAGAGAAGGAAGGAGAAGAGUUGAGCAGGGAACAGGAAAAGCCCGGUAGUAUUUAGAUGCUGAUGAGUGUGGGGCGGAACAGUCAGGACAAUAAAGAAGUCAUUCCUCUUUGAUUAGAUCAAAGCGACGGCAACCCCAAACUCAGGCAGGCAGUAGUUUGCGAAUCUGUUGUGAAAAAUGUCUCCAUAUCUUUUUGCAUGCACAUUUC